AUGUCUGAAGCCACUCCUGCGACCGUAGAGGUCCCGACUAUUACAGACUCGGAUGUCAAGAUGGACGUUGCGACUGAGGUGGCCACUGCGCCGGUAGCAGAUGGGAUGGAGCUGGACAGCACGGACGUGGACGAGGAGAAGAAGCUGCUUGCGAUUCGUCAAGUUGAGUUCUACUUCGCAGACUCCAACCUGCCCUAUGACCGCUUCAUGUGGACCCUCCACACCAAAAACCUCGACCACUGGGUCCCCCUCGAAACCGUCGCCUCCUUCAAACGUAUGCGCGAAUACACACAAGCUCUCGGCUUGCCUGCGCUGGCGGCGCUGUUGCGGACGAGCGAGGAGCUGGAGGUGGAUGAGGAGGGGAAGAAUGUGAGGAGGAAGAAGGAGGUCCAGGAGCCGAAGGGACAGUGGGAGAGGAGCGUUUAUGCUAAAGGUUUUCCGGACGAAUCUGAAGGACUUCAACGUGAACUCGAAAAGUUCUUCGAGAAAUGGGGUAAAGUCAAUGCCGUUCGUAUGCGCAGGGACGAGCACAAGAAGUUCAAGAACUCCGUCUUCGUCGAAUUCGCAGACUUCUCCUCCGUAACCGCCUUCCUCUCCACCACCCCUCCCCCCACCUUCUCUCCCUCUCCCUCCUCUCCCUCCUCCUCCGAUCCUUCCUCAACCUCCCCCGCCCCGGAGCCCCUCCUCAUCAUGUCCAAGGAACAAUACGUCACCUCCAAAAUGGCCGAAAAAGGCAUCGCAGGCAAACCCCUCGGCAUGUCGCAACCCGGGCGCACAGGCCUCGACGGCACAGAACACAAGUUCAACGCUUUCAAGCUCGUCGAUCGGGAUACCUACGGCGCUCGAGGCGGUGAUCGCGGUGAUCGUCAUCAUCCCUCGUCGGCAGCUAACGAGCCCAACGACCCGCAUGCGAUGAAAGUCGAUUCGGUGGGAGCGAAGGGCAAGGGUGGGAAAGAGGUGAUACUUGAGUUUAUGGGGAGUAAGAUUAAGGUUUAUGAGAGGGAGGGGCAGGGGUGGAUUAAGGAUGGGGAUGUGCCGGAUACGAAGGGCGCGACGAUGAGGUUUGAGGUGAAGGGGUUGGGCGUUGGGGGAGAGGUCAGUUUCGAUGAGAUUAAGACCCCGCUGAAAGGCCGCUUCGCCCGCGCGCCCUUCGUCAAGUACAUCCCCGCCGUCGACCCAGCCACUUCCUCAGAACCUGCUUCCACCUCCGAAACCCCAGCCGCCAAUGGAGACGCGACAUCUACCACCACUCCCCCGGCCACCAACGGAGAGCACAAACCCCGCGAACCGCGCUACCCGCCCCAAGCCCACGGCUGGGGCUUGGUAGGGUUCGAUGUGCCGCUGAAAGAGGAGGACGUGGCAUUCGUGAAGGAGACGAUUAAAGAACUCGGGGGAAAGGAGGUCACUUGGAGCAUGGCGGGCGAACAAGAAGAACGGAUGUUCUCCCUCGACCGUGCCCGGUCCGCUGCGCGUCGGAUCUAUACAUUCGCGACCAACUCGAACCCUUCCUCGCACAACUUCCGGGAUCGAUCGGAGUCCAACGGUCGUGGUGGGCGUGGUGGAGGACGUGGUGGCCGGGGCGGAAGGGGUGGCAGAGAUGGGGAUAGGGGAGGGCGGGGUGGGAGGGGACGUGGUGGCCGAGGACGAGGUGGACGGGGAGGGGGGAGGGACCGGGAUUCUGGACCGAGAGAAAAUGGGAAGGAUGACGCGAAGUCGGAAGGCGGUGAAGCGGCGGCUACGGGGGGAGCAGGCACAGGCGAGGAGAAAGCGGAGGUGGGUGAGAAGAGGAAGAGGGCGGUCGAGCCGGAUGGGGGACAUGAUAGCGGGUUGAGGGGACAGGGUGUUCCGACGAUCGUUAGUACGAGUGCGAAGAAGGCGAAGGUGGAUGGGGAGGAGUCGUAG